AUGCAGCUCACAGCCCUCGUCCCCCUCCUCCUCGCGCUCGCCGCCACGACCGCCGAGGCGCGCUUCGUGCCCGACGUCGCCGCGCUCGACGCACACGGCGCCGCCGUGCCCCGCAACAUGCCCGCCGCGGCCGCGCGUAUCGCCGCGCGCGCGCAGGCCGCCAACGCCAACAAGGCCGCCCGGGGCCUCUCGCGCAAGCGCACGUACGAUAUCCGCACCGGCAAGGACGGCAAGAAGUGCAAGGUCCGUCCUUCAGGUGGCGCGACGCCGUCGUCUGCCGGCUCCUCGUCCACCCCGGUUGGCUCGGGCUCGGCGGUCGUCCCCACUGGCGGCGGCGCCGGCACCACCGCCCCCUCCCCCUCUGACGGCGGCGCGGCCACCACCUCGCCCUCGUCUGCGCCUACCGGCACCUCGUCCGAGGCGCCCGGCACGACCUCCCCCUCGGCUGCCGCCACCACCUCCCCCUCAGCCGCCGCCACCACGUCGCCGUCGGCCGCGGCGACGACCUCCGAGUCGGCGCAGCCCACGCCCGCCACGUCGGCCCAGCCGCAGCCCACCGUCGCCCCGCAGGCCGGGAACACGCCCAACGGGAUCAAGGCGGGCAUCUCCUCGGGCCAGGGCUACGACCAGUUCGCGCCCCACAUCGGAUGGUGGUACGACUGGACGCCGAACCCCUCGGGCCACUCGGGCGCGCCGAUCGCCGUGCCCAUGCUCUGGGGCGACGGACACCUCGCGGGCGACCAGGACGACGCGCAGCGCUUUGCCGACUUCCAGAAGCUGUCCAAGAACCCGCCCCCGCCGUACAUUAUCGGCUACGAGGAGCCCGACUGCUCGACCAAGGGCUCGGCCAACAUCUCCCCGGAGCGCGGCGCACAGGUCUGGAAGGAGACGGUUGCGCCGUUCGGUGCCGCCGGCUCCAAGAUUGUCGGCCCCAGCAUGUGCAAGCAGAUCGACGAGGUGUGGCUCACGCCGUUCCAGCAGGCCGGAGGCAGCUGGGACAUCACCAACGUGCACGUCAACAAGAACUCGCUGGCCGGCGCAAAGGCUAGCAUCGACUACUACUACAACAAGUACUGCAAGCCGAUUUGGGUCACCGAGUUCGCCUGCGUCGACGACGCCAACAACUUCACGCCGUGCUCGGACCCCGGCCAGCAGGUCCAGUUCCUCAACGACGUCGUCGACUUCUUCCAGAAUGACCCCCGUGUGGCGGCGUACGCCAUCUCCAACGGCAUUGGUCUCGACAGCUGGCAGCUGACCGACGGCAGCGGCGCGCUCACCACCGUCGGCAACGCGUACCUCAACGCGAUCAAGAAGUACCACUAG